AUGACAGACAAACGCACGGACGAGGGAAAAGCCGGCGCGCCUGAGCCCCGCCCCCCAGGCCCGAACCCCUCCCGGGGCCCCAAACACCGGGCCCCUUGCUCCACCGCGCGGACCGAAGGCGCGAGCCCCGGCUCCGGCACGCCGCGCGAACACUCACCCGCCCGUGGCCGCUCGACAACGGGAGCGCCACCCUCUCGCUUCAUCGUGCCCCCUCGGCCGCGGGCCGGGGAAGGGACGGGCCGCUCGUGCCGGAAGCGCGCCGGCGCGGUGCCCGCCGGAAAUUGUAGUUCCCCGGCUCGAGCGGCCCGAGGCGGCUGCCUUCCCCUCGGCUCUUCAGGAACUACGACUUCCGGUGGCUCCAGCGUCGCAGGGAUGGAUUGGUGGCUUCGGGAUCACUCUAUGUUGCAGUUCGGGCUCUGA